ACAUGAUCAAUUGGGUCUGCAGGAGCUGGCCAAGGCCGUGGUGGUGCCACUGAAGACUGGUCUCCGCUCCUUCAACAACAUCUCACAGAUGCUGCUCAGCGUCAAUGCGGACAUCGUCCUUCCUGGAUGCCAGACCUUUGACGAGAUCCGACAAGAGAUCGAGAAGAUGAAGAAGCAAAUGGUGGAGUCGGAGCAGGUGGCCAGAGCGGAGCUCCAGCGUGUGGAUGAGGAUACGGAACGCUACACGGCAGAGCAGAGUGAACUAGCGAGGCAGAAAAGGCAGCGAGAGGGAGAGUUGGGUGACCUUAAGAGACACCUAGAUUCUCAUAAAGCCUCGUUAGAUAGUAACAAUAGAUCAUUGGCAAGUGCAAGAAGAAACAAGGAGACAGCAGAACAGACCCUCAGGGACAUGAGAGCGAAGAGAGAUGAGGCAGAGAGAAUAAGGAAUAUUGGGAUAGGUCUCAUGGCUAUUCCAAUUGUUGGAUGGAUAGCUGGGGGAACGAUGGUGGGUGUUGGUCAAGUAGACAUGAACUGGGCUUCUGAAGCAGCAGGUAAUGCCAGAAGGGAAGUGCAGAACUGCGAGGGUCGUGUGCAACAUUACUCCAACGAAGUGUCUAGCUGCAGCUCCCGGAUCUCCAACACGGAACGGGACAUCCAAGCGACGGACAGCCGGAUCAAGGACACCGAGUACAAGCUGCGGGACCUGGCUGCGAAGCGGGAGGUUGUGGCAGACGUGCAAGAGAAGAUGCAGAGAUUGGUGCGUCAACUGGGGCUGGUGAGUGGUGUGGCGAGUGUGGCAGAGCUGCAGACCAGGCGCCUGGUCCUGAUGGAGCCCAUACUGGCAGUGAUGGAGGAGAUGAAUACAACGCUGGCUAAGAUCGCUGGCAACCAGCUGAUGCAGGCAGAGGGCAUCCAGAGCCUUAUGGUAGAAAUGAGGGGCAACCUAGCCCAACUGCAGGAGAAGACAGAGAAUUCCCUUUCAGAUGAGAUUAAGGACUUAUACUGAUGCAUUGUGUUUAGGCAGUAGGCACCAGGCAGCCGUGGCCUAGUGGUUAGAGAGUUGGUCUUUCAAUUUAGGGGUUGCCGGUUUGAAUCCCCCCCCUAACCUCUCCCUACACCUCCAUCCAUGGCUGAAGUGCCCUUCAGCAAGGCACCUAACCCCACAUUGCUCCUGGGACUGUAACCAAUACCCUGAAAAAUAAUCGUUGUUAGUCGCUUUGAAUAAUAAAAAAAAAUGAA